AGUGACGUCACGUCCGCCCUUCUUCCGUGUAGCGGCUGUAGUCAGAAAAACAUCCUGCAGGGCAGAUUAUCCUGGGAUGUUGUCAGCCCCUGAUCUGCCCUGAAUCUGCAGGGGCCGGGAGCAGCAUUAUUCAGGAAUAUGGAAACUUCCAAAUCCUCCACCAUGCAAGUGAGCUUUGUAUGUCAGCGAUGCAGCCAGCCAUUGAAGCUAGACACCUCCUUCAAGAUCCUGGAUAAAGUCACCAUGCAGGAGCUGACAGCUCCACUGGUGUCCGCAGCCGCAGUGAAGCCGGGGGACACGCAGGAAGAGGAUCUAAGCACUGAGGAACCAUUUGUAGAAAACCGGCCGGAUGGAGUUUCUAGAAGAUUGAUCCCACCUGCCAGGAUGAUGUCCACAGAGAGUGCAAACAGCUUUACCCUGAUAGGAGAAGCAUCUGAUGGAGGCACAAUGGAGAAUCUAAGUAGGAGACUCAAGGUGACGGGAGAUCUGUUUGACAUCAUGUCAGGUCAGACAGAUGUGGACCAUCCUCUUUGUGAGGAGUGCACGGACACCCUCCUGGAUCAGCUCGACACCCAGUUGAACAUCACGGAGAAUGAGUGCCAGAACUACAAACGUUGCCUUGAAAUCCUUGAGAAAAUGAACGAAGAUGACAAAGAGAAACUGGAAGCCAAGCUGAAGGAGCUAGCAGAAGAUGAAGAAAGGCUGAUUCAGGAGCUAGAGGAAGUUGAGAGAAACCGAGAGCAGGUGGUUCAAGAUAUUGAAAAAGUGAGACAAGAGGCAGAGAGACUAGAGCAGGAGGAGGUCCAGUACCAAAAAGAGUACAGCGAGUUCAAGCGCCAGCAGUUGGAGCUGGAUGAUGAACUGAAGAGUGUGGACAAUCAGAUGAGAUAUGCUCAGCUUCAGCUUGACAAACUUAGGAAGACCAACGUCUUUAAUGCCACCUUCCACAUAUGGCAUAGUGGACAAUUUGGCACCAUCAACAAUUUCCGUCUUGGUCGACUACCCAGUGUUCCUGUGGAGUGGAAUGAGAUAAACGCAGCUUGGGGUCAAACCGUUUUACUCCUCCAUGCCUUGGCUAACAAGAUGGGGCUGGAGUUCCAGAGAUAUCGUUUGGUGCCAUUUGGGAAUCAUUCUUAUUUGGAGUCCCUCACAGACAAGUCUAAGGAGCUUCCACUCUACUGCUCAGGAGGCCUGAGGUUCUUCUGGGAUAACAAGUUUGACCAUGCCAUGGUGGCUUUCCUGGAUUGUGUGCAACAGUUUAAGGAAGAAGUGGAGAAAGGGGACACUGGAUUUUGUCUACCCUACAGGAUGGAUGUUGAGAAGGGUAAAAUUGAAGACACUGGGGGAAAUGGUGGCUCAUACUCUAUCAAGACACAGUUCAAUUCAGAGGAACAGUGGACCAAGGCCCUAAAAUUCAUGCUGACCAAUCUGAAGUGGGGGCUGGCUUGGGUCUCCUCCCAGUUCUACAAUAAGUGAUAUCAGGGGAUUGAAUUCACAGCUAACAUUUCACUGAUGGGUGGCAUCAUCCACCCUAAGGAACACUGCUCUUGUAAUGCCGCUAUUUAUAUAACCCUUUCACUGCCUGAGGCUGGCUCCUUUGGCACUAGGAGACGCAAAUCAGAUUUGAUUUGCCUCAGAUGCAGCGUUAACUUGACAUGGCGGCCAUUUUGCGUCAACAGAGAAGUAUUCUUGCACCAUAGGAAUGGCGGUGGCCUGGAAAUUUUAUUUGGAUAAUCCAAACAAUGCUAUAGACAUAUAUAUAUAUAAUGCCUUUCAAGACAUUUAGAAAUUAUAUAGAAAUGGAAGGGUAUAUAUUGCUACUUUUAGUUAUGAAGAGACCUGUAUAGGAACAUUAUGUGAUUCUCUGUCAGACUGCAGGGGAUGGAGCAGAUCCACUCAAUGUCCUGUAUGUUCGCACCCCAAGCAAUAGGAGUCAGUUCACCGAAAUAGUGGACUUAUAAUGAGUAGUUGUUUGAAAAAUAUAACAAAGGUUAAAAAAACAUUUGUAAUGUAUAUUUCCAGCAUCUGUGCACUGAGAAAAUAAAACACUGAAAUAAAGACUAUUUUAUAAUCUUCACCAUUA